CCUGUGAGCCGGGAGGGAUGGAGGGUAGCAUCCACCUGAGCGGUUUGAUCAGUCGGCACGACGAUGAAGCCACGAGAACAUCAACGUCGGAGGGGCUGGAGGAGGGGGAGGUGGAGGGGGAGACCCUGCUGAUCGUGGAGUCGGAGGACCAGGCAUCCGUGGACUUGUCUCACGACCAGAGCGGGGACUCCCUCAACAGUGAUGAAGGGGACGUGUCGUGGAUGGAGGAGCAGCUGUCCUACUUCUGCGACAAGUGCCAGAAGUGGAUCCCGGCCAGUCAGCUGAGGGAACAGCUCAGUUACCUUAAGGGCGAUAAUUUUUUUAGGUUUACCUGUUCCGAUUGCUCAGAAGAUGGCAAGGAGCAGUAUGAGAGGCUGAAGCUGACAUGGCAGCAAGUGGUCGUGCUGGCGAUGUACAACUUGUCCCUGGAAGGCAGCGGGAGGCAGGGCUAUUUCCGGUGGAAGGAAGAUAUCUGCGCCUUUAUCGAGAAACACUGGACUUUUCUACUAGGAAAUAGGAAGAAGACCUCCACCUGGUGGAGCACGGUCGCCGGCUGCCUCAGCGUGGGGAGCCCCAUGUACUUCCGCUCGGGAGCUCAGGAGUUCGGAGAACCAGGAUGGUGGAAGCUCGUCCACAACAGGCCCCCGACCCUGAAACCCGAGGGAGAGAAGCUGUCCGCCUCCGCUCUGAAAGUGAAAGCAGCCUCCAAACCAACUUUAGAUCCCAUCAUCACUGUCGAGGGACUUAGAAAGCGAGCGAGUCGGAAUCCUGUGGAAUCUGCCAUGGAACUGAAAGAGAAAAGGUCUCGGACUCAGGAAGCCAAGGACAUCAGGAGAGCCCAGAAGGAGGCAGCUGGCUUUGCUGACCGGAGCAGCUCUUCCACGCCUGUAAAGUUCAUCAGCCGAGGCCGCAGGCCGGAUGUGAUUCUGGAGAAGGGAGAAGUCAUCGACUUUUCGUCCCUGAGCUCCUCGGACCGCACCCCGCUCACGAGCCCAUCACCCUCGCCAUCCCUGGACUUCUCUGCCCCAGGGACCCCGGCCUCUCACUCAGCCACGCCCAGCCUGCUUUCGGAAGCCGACCUCAUUCCAGACGUGAUGCCACCACAGGCCUUGUUUCACGAUGACGAUGAGAUGGAAGGGGACGGUGUCAUAGACCCUGGGAUGGAGUAUGUCCCGCCCCCUGUCAGCGCGGCUGCCUCAGGGACAGGGCUCGGGGGCAGAAAGAAGGUCAGGGCCCCUGAGCAGAUCAAGCAGGAGGUGGAGAGUGAGGAAGAGAAGCCCGACAGGAUGGACAUCGACAGUGAGGACACAGACUCCAACACGUCUUUGCAGACAAGGGCGCGAGAGAAGAGGAAACCUGUGCUGGAGAAGGACCGGAAGCCCAAGGGGCCCAAGUUCACCCCCGUGAGCAUCUAUGAGGAGAAGCUGCUCCUCAGGCGGCUGGAGGCCUGUCCUGGGGCCGUGGCCAUGACCCCCGAGGCCCGGCGGCUGAAGCGGAAGCUGAUCGUCCGGCAGGCAAAGAGGGACCGGGGGCUGCCGCUCUUUGACCUGGACCAGGUCGUGAACGCUGCACUCCUGUUAGUGGACGGAAUUUACGGGGCCAAAGACGGAGGAGUUUCCAGGCUUCCAGCUGGACAGGCCACAUACAGGACGACCUGUCAGGACUUUAGAAUCCUUGACCGGUACCAGACUGCCUUGCCAUCCAGGAAAGGAUUCCGGCACCAGAGCACAAAGUUUCUGUACCGUUUGGUGGGAUCAGAAGAUAUGGCUGUGGACCAGAGCAUCGUCAGCCCGUACACGUCUCGGAUCCUGAAACCCUACAUCAGGCGUGAUUACGAAACAAAGCCACCCAAACUGCAGCUGCUCUCCCAGAUCCGCUCCCACCGACACAGUGGGGACCCGCACUGGACGCCGGAGCCAGAUGCCCCUCUCGAUUACUGCUAUGUCCGGCCAAAUCACAUCCCAACCAUAAACUCCAUGUGUCAGGAGUUCUUCUGGCCUGGCGUCGACCUGUCCGAGUGCCUGCAGUACCCUGACUUCAGCGUCGUCGUCCUCUAUAAGAAAGUCAUCAUAGCCUUCGGCUUCAUGGUCCCCGACGUGAAGUACAACGAAGCUUAUAUUUCGUUUCUGUUUGUCCAUCCUGACUGGAGAAGAGCGGGGAUCGCGACUUUCAUGAUUUAUCAUCUGAUUCAGACGUGCAUGGGCAAGGACGUGACCCUGCAUGUCUCCGCCAGCAACCCUGCCAUGCUGCUCUACCAGAAGUUCGGGUUCAAGACGGAAGAGUACGUCUUAGACUUUUAUGACAAGUAUUACCCCCUGGACAGCACGGAGUGUAAGCACGCGUUCUUUCUGCGUCUACGACGCUGACGUGAGCGCGGCUCCUCAUAGCGCACACGCUUGAAGGAGAGGGCUGACGUGAGUGCGGCUCCUCACGGGGUGCAUGUACUUGGAGGAGAGGGCUGACUGGGCUGACGUGAGUACUGCUCCUCACGGCUCACGCGCUUGGAGGAGAGGGCUGACGUGAGCGCGGCUCUUCACGGUACAGGCGCUUGGAGGAAAGGGCCAACAGGAGGCCCGGCGGCAGGUGCUCACCCACUGCAGGUUCUGAGCUCCGCGGAGCUGAGGGGCUUGGGUGGCGGCGUAAGUGGUGAGCACCUUUUCAACACAGUCACUGGACAGGCUUUCGCCCGCACCUUGGACUCCCAAGGUCUGCCAAGACUGACAGGUGUGCAGAUCUUCAGCCGACAGCCCAUUGAGCCAGAAAGGCCUGAGCUGAUGUUCCUGAGGAGAGAAGUUCUAUCCCAUUUAAAGUGAGCAGGGUGAUUGUGGUCCAGGGUCCCUGCUGUGUCCGCGAGGCCCUGUGCUGUCCUGGUGACGACCACACGCUGGCCCAGCCGGUCCCAACCUGGCUGUGCUGUCCCCAGAGCAGGGCACGCGCUGACUUUGGUCACAGUGUCGGUGUGUGACUUCGCCUCACCUUUCUCCUGUGAGCAUGUCCGGCUGAGGCCCCGGCCUGGGAGGUGGGAGCUGUUCCCUUGUCCUGUGAAGUGAGGUCAGUUUGGGGCUGGAGGAGCUGGGCAGCCUGCUGUUUGAUUGUGCCCCCGACAGAGGUGUGCGGUGGUGGGAGGGGUCAGCCGUGGACAGACACACUUCGCAUCUGCCAGCCGAGGCUGUUGGUGGGCUUGUGGGGAGUGGAAGUGGACCAUCAGUCGGGUGCUUUUGGAUUUAGUAGAAAUGCUUCCCAUAGUAUCAAAUGUUCUCAAAUAAAAUAUUUUCUUGUGACAACCUA